CGAGAAUAUUUGGAAUGAGGUAUGUAAGUCAGUAUCAGGAUUUCCCAUGAUCAGUAGUCGAGGCUAUGUUGGACAGCGAUGGACAUAUUGCCAGAAGUGGUAGCUGCAUUAGCUCGAUACCACUGAUGCUGUACAUAAAUCGGAGAUGUUUCGAAUGCGGAUAAGACCCUAGCACGGGACUGCCCGACACGUCGCUUCCCUGCUUUCCACUUUCCCCUCGUCAAGAUGUCCACCGCUGUUCCAACGGCCAGUAUCGACCUUAGCCUCAGCUGGGGUUCGCUGCUUGCGGGGACAUUCGCUUCGUUGAUACUUUACGGUGUCAGCAUCCUGCAAACGUAUGUACUGCUUGCUACCUGCACGAAUCGAAUCGAUUUCAUUCACUGAUCCCUGUAUGUUUAGCUUCAUCUACUAUGUGCAGUAUGUACUCCUUGUAUGAGUUGGUUAUGUCUACUGACUACUUGGAUUGUCUGGCAUUGCAAUAGGUAUCCGAAAGACCGGACACCACUGAAAUUACUGGUUGCUGUCGUGCUAUUACUAGACACGCUACACCAGUUCUUGGCUUGUGCUGGCCUGUGGUCAUAUCUUGUUCAGUACUAUGGAGAUUUUGCCAACCUCGCGGUGAUGCACCCUCCUUUGUUGUUGGCUACAGUAGUUACAUCGUUGGUUUCUUUCGUUGUCCAAUCUUUCUUCAUAUGGAGGAUAUGGUCAUUGAGCACGGGCCAUUUCAAGUGGAUUAUUCCACUCAUUUUGAUGCCCUUUGUCACUGCCCAACCGGUUCUGAGCAUUUAUUACACAGUGAAAGGAUUGAUCACCCCAGCCAUUGAAGCUGUAUCUGGACCCCUUCUUACAACAGUCGCCAAUGCGUCCAAUGGAACUGCAGCAGCAGUUGACAUUACUAUUGCAGUCAUGUUGUGCGUGCUCCUCGCUAUGGGACGUACUGGUUUCAGCGGGAGGACAGAUCGCAUGCUCCUUCGGCUGAUCAUCGUCUCUGUUAACACUGGUAUCUGGACGGCUCUCUUUGGGUUGCUCGCGGUUAUACUAUUGGUAACACUCCCGCAAGACCUAGUGUUUAGCGGGUUCUAUUUCCCGCUGUGCACGCUGUACUGCAAUAUGCUUCUCGCUAGCCUCAACGUCCGUCGAUUCGUGAGCAGCACUGACGCGCGCGAACCAUACCAGGUUCCAAGUGCACCCUCAAAUCCCAGGUUGAAAACAUCUAGUGGAUUAAGCCGCACACUUGUUAAUUUUACCAUGGGGUCAACGAAGGCGCGUGAGGAAAGCUUCGAGGUAAGUCCUUGGAGCCAUUAAUCCUUCAGAAACCGAUAUAACCCUCGCACUGCAGAUGCAGAGAAAUGAUUCUGCG